CUUCUCCUCCUUCUCCUUCUUGUGGGAUGCGGUGGGGCUGCAGUGGGGCUGUGCCUCGGGAACCGAUGGGGCUCCGGGGCGCCCUCUGCCUCCUCUUCCUCCUCUGCCAGCAGGUGCCCGGGCUCCGGCACAAGGUCUUCUGGAACUCCAGCAACCCCAGAUUCCUUGAUGACGACUAUACUGUUCAGGUCUCCCUGAAUGAUAACGUGGACAUCUACUGUCCACACUAUGAGCAGCCACUGGCCGUGAGGGAACCCGAAUCAUUUAUUCUGCUCAUGGUCAACAGAGAGGGCUAUGAGGGCUGUUAUGAAACGGAAGGAGCCUUCAGACGCUGGGAGUGCAAUCGUCCGUAUGCGCCAUAUGGGCCUGUCCGUUUCUCGGAGAAAAUCCAGAAGUUCACUCCCUACUCGCUGGGCUUUGAAUUUCAGCCAGGACACGAUUACUACUAUAUAUCCAUCCCGAAUUCAGAGAGUUCUGGCCGCUGCCUAAAACUGCGGUUAUCUGUCUGUUGCAAAGCAACCACUGCAGAACCUGUGACAGAGGGGCCGAAAUCUCAACCACACGGGAGAGGUGGCUCAGAGGAUGCAGCAGUACUGCCUGGGCGCAGUUCUGCCCCAUCCUGGCGUAGCUGUCCCUGCCUGGGGCUGAUCCCCUUCCUUUCUCUGUGGCUCUGACCACUGCAAGAAGGGCCGGCUCUCCUCUGUGGCCCCAAAGCGAGCUGAGGAGCACUUGAAUGAGUGUUUGCUCCACCACUCUGCUCCCUGCUCUGCUUGGAAGGAUGCUGGAUUCCUUGCUUGGCACUUUGGGCAUUUGGGAAGUGCCCUCCUUCUGGUUCUCUUCCCCAGCUGGAGGCUCUGCUUCUCAGAGACUGACUGAGCUCCUGGCUGCCAAGUAAAACGGGCCAAAGGGAAUGGAUACUGCUUCCCCCAUCAUCUUCCCUCAUGAUUCUCACCUCCACUUCUACUUGAGACUUAUUGAAACAAGAAGGAGAUCUUGACUGGGAGGUGUUUCGCUGUGUCCUAUUUCCACUGGAUGAUGGGGAUCUUUAGUUUCUUGCCACCUACCAGAGAAAAGCACCAGAGGGAAGGACCUAUUCUCUUCCUCCUUCUGCACAAAGGACCCCCCUCAGUUUGAGUUUGGAGAGGAAAGUGGCAUCAUUUUGAUGGUCCAGGGGGCUCCGGAGAUCUGUCUCCAGAAUGGUAUGCCAAAGACAGGGGAACGUUCCCUUUGUUGUUUCUGUGUGAGGCUGGGCUUCUUUAGAGGUGGAGGGGGAUGUGCCUUCUGCCUCAAAUCCUUCCUCCCUCCCCUCCACUGAAAAAACUGGACCAUGUUAGCCUCCUACCAUCAUCCCUUUGUGUUCUCAGCGAGAACGACCCCAGCGAAGAAAGCAACAGUGCUCUUGUCUUCUGUGAAGAUGCCGCUUUGGUGUUGCUGCCAGAUCUCCUGGUUUCUGAUUCCUGUUCUUUGGAACCAUGUUAUUUUUGUUUUUCCUUUCCUAGUUGUCAAUUACUGAGCCAAAACGAUUAAAAAAUAUGUCAGAAAUUCC